AGCUGGCCCACAGCGAUAAGCGGCCCAGUGACAAGAGCUUUCUCUACAAGUGCUGGGGCACCGGGCUGAUGUUUUCUCCAGCAGAGAGCAUCAAGCCCCAGCUAUGGCGCCUGGUGGAGCUGGUCAAUUUCAGAGAAGAAGAGGAAAGAGAGGGAUUCGCCCGAGCACUUGGGCUGUGUGCCAGGCAACACCUCUAUGAGAUUUUUGCCAUCCUGGAGCACUAGGAAGAGGUCGUCAGCAGGGUGCAGCUCCAGCCUUCUGCUGUUGGCUCUCUGGAGGAGCCAGCUUCCAUCAAGCAGCUGAGAAGCCUCCUGUUCCUCACCUAUGGGCACGUGGUCCACUCAGGCCCCACAGACCUCAUCCUAGAGACCAUAGGAUACAAGAUCCUGUCUCUCAUGCAGAAACACUAUUUUCUGAGCCCACACGACCCGCUGGUGAGAUCUGCGUUUGUGAGAAGCCUCGUGCUGGUGGGUGAAGCUGUCACCCAAGUGAGCAGGAGUCCCUUGGUGAGCCAGGACACAUACACCGUGCUGUCCCCCCUGCUGGAGAUCCUCAGAGGCAAGGACCGGGCCCGGCUGCAGAGCCCCGACCACAAGUGUGCCCUGCUGGCCAUCUCAUACAUAGGGAAAUUCCAGCCUUGCCUGUCUAAGGAACAGGUGGCUGAGACCAUCAGCACUUGUGUCACCAGCUCCAUGAUUCAGCAUCCAGCCCUGGUGAAGCUGAGAGGGACUGAGGUGGCAGAAAGUUCACCUAUCCGGGCAGAGUCUCUCCAAGAACUGCCCUGGGAGGGCCUGGACCAUGUGCUGCAGACAUUCCUGGAACAGCACCUGACCCCCACCAUGCUACUGCAUCUGUUUCUGCACUUGCAGCCAUGGAUCUGCUCCCCCCGGGCCCAGGAGAGGAGCCGAGCUGUGAAAGCCAGCGCCCGGCUCCUCAUGUUUUAUCGAUUCAAGGCCAUGAUCGAGGUGACAGACAGACGCCCCUACACUGAGCAUGUCCCGCAGGGGCACCCCCUCGCCCCAGCUGGGAAAUGCCCUCUCCCCUCUGGAAUCCCAGCCUGGUCCCUUCCCCAUCCCCGCACACUUUUAGACACCUCAUCCCACCCCUAGAGGCUGGUCUUCUCUGAUUCACCAGCCUGCCAGGUUCCCCAGGGCCAGCAGCGCCUUCCCUGCAUCCUGCCCAGAGCCGACAAGCACGGAGCCCAUUUUACAGCCUUCUCCAAACCCCCCACCCCAGAGCCAUGGCGUGGCCAGAACUGAAGCCUUGUUCCUCCUGAACCCCCUGCCCCCUGCCCCAUGGGGAAGGAGCUCCUCCUCUCCUUGCCUGCAGCCCUCCUCUCUGCCCCCACAGCUCAGCACCUAGCCCGAGCUCCCCUCAAGGGUGGGCACCUCCUCACACCAGCCCCCACCCCUGAGCCUGGAGUCACUGCUUUCCCCCAUGGGGGCUCUAACCCCAGCCCCUCUGGUUCCCAUCAGGAGAAGGCGGCAAGGGAGGGAGGUGGCCCCCCAGCUGGGAGAAGUGAGUCUGGCCACCUCCGCCCAGCCCUUGCUGUGACCCAGCGCCCCCUGGCAGUGCCCAGGCAGGAGGGUAUGAACCCCUUAGGACUGGCCAGGGCCUGAAGGGCCUUGAGGUCAGCCACCAGCAGGCUCAACCUGCUGCUUCUGGCCCGUCGCCCCUCAGAGGGCGUCAUCCCCAGUGUGUCCCAGCUGGGCCCGUGUGAUGGAGUAGGGACUGUCUGUGUGGGGGAUGGGAGAGCCAGGGAGGACU